UCCCUAGUUGGCCAAAGGGUUAAAAGCUUGCUGGAUCGGCCGGAGAAGGAAAGAAAGGUCCUCUCACCAAAGCCCCGCCCCAAGGAACCAAUAAGGACCAAUUAGGUAGUUGGGGGGCGGGGCGAUCGGACAGGAGACAUCAUAUAGUGUUCUGCGAACGUGACUCACGCUUGAGGCGUAGGUGAAUGGCGGUUUUUAAAACAGCGCUGCGGAAAGAUAAGGCUCCGUGACUGAUGAUCACUAUUUAUGAGACGAAACAAUUUCUAAACGGAGUCCUCCACGUGAAGGAAGUAGAACAACAUCGAGGUAAGGACAGGAAGGAAGUGGAGAAUGAUGCUGGCUGCGACAGCACGGCGUGCUGGUGGUGGGUACAGUAGCAUCUGGAGGAGCAGGUCUGCUUAUCGCCCAUCAUGGCGAUACAUGGAAGUCCAGGGGAAGGAGAGGCAGGAGGCGAUAAAGGAAGAGGUGCGUGCAGAAACGGAAGAAGAACAGAUGUCCAGGAAGAUAGGGAUGCAGCAGCAGGGAGCGUGGAUGAGCUGGGAACAAGCCCAGGAAUCUAAAGUCUCAUAUUUAAGUUUUCUGAACUGGACAUGAUGAAUUUGAGCUCAGUGUUCCUGAUCUUCACUGGGUUUCUAGCUGAACUCUUUGCAUCGCAAGUUGUGUCCCUGAAAGGCACUGCUGUCUUGUUCUGCUAUAGAACACAAAACACUCCAGCAGAGCAGCAAGAUGUGAUCUGGAGGAUAGCUGAAGGCCAACUUGUUGCCCAGUGGUCCCGGGGGCGGUUCACAGCAGGCCCUGGGUACGAGGGCAGAGUCCAGCUCUCUGAGAAAGGGAUAGAGGGUGGAAACUUCUCUUUAACCAUCUCACCUGUUGAGUACAAUGAUGAAGGUUCAUAUGACUGUUUCACAGGGUUUGAUCAUCUUGCUGUGGUGACACUAGGUGUUUCUGUGUCCACAGACAGGAAUAUCACUGCACAGGUUGGGGACCCUGUCACUCUCCCCUGCUAUGCCAACGUCGGCAAACAGGCAAAUCUCAGUCAUCUUAACAUCCGCUGGGAGAAAGAUGGACAGACUGUGCUGGAUAUCCAGUCUGGUACAGGCUCCGGCUUCAAGAACAGAGUCAGUUUGUCUCCAGACCGUGUUCGUGUGGGUGACCUGUCACUGACCAUCAGCGCGGUGCUUUUCUCGGACAGAGGAGCUUACCGAUGCUUCUUCAGCAAUGAUAUAGGGACACCUGAAGGGAUUAUUCUUUCUAUUGCAGGCCGUCAGUCAAACAUCACCAUCCAGUCACCUGAGUCCCUCUUCCUGCCGCUCCACACUAAGGAACCAGUCCAUGUUCUCUUCAGUUCUGGUGGCUGCACCAGUGUGUCUGUGUGUACUGUGGAGGGAGAUUCUGUAGACUGUGGACCUCAGUACCAACACAGGGCAUCUGUCCACAACUCAACUCUGAUGCUGGAAUACACAACACCAGCUGACAGUGGUGUGUACAGAGUGAUGGACAACAGGACAAAUGACACCAUCAACACUGUAUCUGUCAGUGUUACUGUUUCUCCUACAGUGCUGUUCCCGCUCCUUUCUCUGUUGCUGCUGCUGGGGGCAUUGGUGUUGUUAUGGAUGACGGUACAAGAGUUCAAGAAGAAGAAGAUUACGCUGAUACAUAAACUGUAUCUGCUCUUCCUGGUUGUGAUGCUGCUGCUGAAUCUGGUGCUGGUGGCUCUCUCAGUGACAGUGACAUUUAAACCUGGACAUAAGGAACUGUAUGUGACACUGGGUGCGGGGCUGGGGCUGGGGCUGUUCCUAGUCUUCAAGAUGGUUAUAAUGUCUAUGACUUGUGAAAAGUUAGUCAAGAUCAGGAAGGAGAAGACUCUGUGGGGUACACUGAAGCUGGUUUUGCUGGUGUUGCUGUUGGUGCUUUUAGUGACAACGAUAAUGUUGCCGCAGCGGAAGUGGCUAAAUUGGAUCCCAUUCCCAGUGCUGGGUCUGUUUAUGAUCUUGCACGUGAUGAUAAUAUAUAAGCCACUACAGUAUUUCCAGGAAGUGAUGAGGACAGUGCAGAAAAUUGAGAACAGCAAUUGGUACGAACAGCUGCAAGAACUACAUGCGGGACUGGUAGUGCCAUUGAUCGUGCUGCUGUUACUGUGGGUCGUGGAGUUGGUGCUUUCAGUUGUGUUGGCGGUUAAGGAGUUGUGGGAAGGAAUUAAUUUAGGGUUACUGUGGGGCCUCACUGUGGGGGAUGGGAUCUUGAUAAUGUUGUUGUUCUUGUUGUGCCUCCAUGCUGGUUCCUGA